AUGGAAAAUUUUCUGAAUGUUGAGAUGGUCUCGAGACCAUCUCAAGCCUGCCCAUCAGCUCAGGGGAGUCAAACCAACAUGCCCAUCCCGCAUAUCAAAAUUGAGCCUGGGAUAUUUGUCAAAGAAGAGUCACCGGAUUCUGAAACUAAAAUUACUGUGCUACGAGACCCCUGUCCAGAAUUUGGUGGACCCCAUUGGCGAAAGGACUGCCGACGGCGCAGAAUAGCUGGAAAGAAAAGAGGUAAUAAGUGGAGGUCUAAAGCGAUGGCUGUGGCUAGGGGACAAGAGUCAAAAGUCUACGGAGAUCGUGAGAUAGAAAGAAGCGAUAAUGACGAAUCUCUCUACGCCAAUGGGCAUUUCGCCAUUGUUAGGAUACCAGAUUCUAUAAUAGAAACGAUGAACGAGGACGAUUUCGUGAGAUACUGCCAGGAUUCAGGUAUUGUGAAGCCGGGGCUUCAAGUCGGACCUUUAUCCAAACAGUUCUGGUCCUUGAGGUUUGACAACCUUGAGGAGGUCAAUUCAAUAGUGGGGAAGCACGUUCGCUUCACUAUGAAUCUGGGGCUAGAGAAGGUAGUCGACCAAAAAAUUCUCCCUUACGUGAAAAAUGGACCGAAAGCUUUCUACCUGUCAAAUGUAGGGCCUUAUUCGGACCUGGAUAUCCAGGGGAUGGUAGAGAAAAAGUUUAAAGAUGAAAGGUUCUGGAUGGGGAAGAAGAUGGUGGUUGGGACAGAGGAUAUAUCUUACGGUUUAACGCUGUUUGCGGCACCAACCUUUGCGAUUUCUGUGGGAAAGGGCAUGACGGCGGUACGAUAUCGUGCACACUUAUUCAGUCUUGCAACUCUGGUCCUGAUUUACAAACCAGGCUAG